AUGGUUUAUUGCUCGGCACUGAACUGUCAAAAUGCCACCAGCGGGGUGUACAAGAACAGUACCGUUACUUUCUAUGGCUUUCCUUUGCAAAAUAAACCUCUCUUGAAGCAGUGGAUUCACAACAUGGGCCGGGACAUGGGAACACCUUCCAAGCAUCAGCGACUGUGUUCGAAGCAUUUUGAGGACAGUUCUUUUGAAAUUGACCCCUUAAAAAUUAGAAAAAACAGACGUCUGCUGAAAGAAGCUGUUCCCAAAAAAUUCAUUUUGGGUGAAGACGGAAACUGGCUCGUUGGCACACCCCGGAGUUUCUGUGGUGGGAUGAGUAAUAAAACUCGAAAACGAAUCCGGAAUCCUGAGCACUUGAGGGUCCCUGGGACAUUUGAUAAUGCUGCAGCCCGUGAGGGGAAGGACUUGGAAGAUUGGCAGAAAGAACUUUACAAGAAAGUGAUAAAGGAGAAUUAUGAAUCUCUAACCUUGUUGGGUAAAGAUUGUCCUGUUCCCAAAAGCAAUAUCCAGGCAAGGGAAGCGCUGCAUGUCAAGGAUCAGCAGGAUUUUGAGGAAAGGGAGAUUCCCGCAAGUCGUAGCGCAGGCUGCGGUGGUACUGUGAUCAGAUCCGAGUUGCAGAGUCACGCAAAGAGUUCAGAAAACACAGAACUGCAUGGAUCAUUCUCAGGAGGAUUCCGAGACCUAACUUGCCAAAUUUCGGACAAGGGUGUAAUGCCUGAGAGUCAUCAGAAUUCAGCAACAGAUCAGGCAAAUCCAACGGGAAGCAGAAGAGGCAGCAGCUGUCUUCAGGAAGGAGAAUCUAAUGAAUUCAAAGAGAUCCUUUUUUAUCAGCAAACCCGGGCAGGAGAAAGACUGUAUCUGUGUACAGAAUGUCAGAAGACUUUUAAACUGAAAAUUGGACUUCUGAAACAUAAGCAAAUUCACACCAAAAAGAAUCAGGUGUCAUCGUACAUCUGCACGGACUGCGGUAAAAGCUUUGGUCGCUAUGCAGACUUGAUUCGACACCAGAGAACUCACACAGGGGAGAGGCCUUACAAGUGCACGGAAUGUGAAAAAAGUUUUAUGGAAAAACCGAGACUCACUAAUCACUUGCGAACUCAUAACAUGUACAUGUAA